CUCUAGGCCCUGGAGGGCUUUUUUGCUAUCUGUAUUUUCAUUUUUGGCGCUAUCAAGUUACAUCACUUAGGAAGCUGUUUCUCCAUUCCUGCGAAAGAGGGCUAAGCCCCUCCUCUCACUUAGAUUUGUGCACGUAGCGCCUCAGUUUGCAGCAGCAGGUGUCACCAUUUUGAGCGCCCCUUUCCUUCUCUUGUGGGGCUGUUCAAGUCUACAAGGCGAAUCGCGUGGAAGGCACUUUUCUCACCUUCACGUGCUCCGUACAAGUUCCCGCUGAUGUGUUAUUCCAACCCGUGCCCCCACCUCUCACAUAGCUUCAGGAAGGACGGGAGAGGAGAGCUGGCCUUGAUACUCGAGCCCUCAGGGAUUUAGAAGAACGACGGAGCUCUGGGCUUUCAGCCAGGAGAGUAACGCAGGCUUCCCCGUAGCCGUACUCGAGCCGCGAGGGACCCCUGCCCUUCCCGUCGGAAAAACGAGCGAGUAGAAAUCAAGGAGCGUCUAGCUGGGUUGAGGCCAGCUCCGACGUGAGCAACUUUCCAUCAGCUGUGGGGUCCGUGCCAACCACUCCGCGUAGUGCUGUGCGGAACUGGCUGCAUGCGUUCACAAUGAGGGUUCGCACCCUCGGGGCGGGAGCCUGCGCGUUGCCAUGACAGCGGCACGCGAGGCGCGCGCCCAGGGGCCCGCCACCCCCAGUUGCGCGCAGCCUCCCCCCGCGCCCCGACCCUCCCUCCUCCCAGUGGCAGAGCGCACCCCCCGCCCCCGGCUGUGGGAAGGGGCCGGGCCAGCUGCCUGACGUCUGUGCGGGACUCGGAAGAUGGCUGCGGAGCCCAGCACCGGGUAGUGGCUGCGGCGGCGGCGGCGGGCGGGGAGCGCGGCGGGCGCGGGCUCCGCCUUGCGCGUGGGACGCUGAACUGAGAGGCGCGGAGGCGGCGAGGGCGCGCGGGGGCUUGGGGGGCAGCUCGGAGUCGCCUCCCCGCCACCCGUCGCACCAUGGGCAGCGCGGAGGACGCAGUCAAAGAGAAACUGCUGUGGAACGUGAAAAAGGAGGUGAAGCAAAUCAUGGAGGAGGCUUUCACCAGGAAGUUUGUGCAUGAGGAUAGCAGCCACAUCAUUGCUCUGUGUGGUGCAGUGGAGGCUUGCCUCCUACAUCAGCUCAGACGCUGUGCUGCUGGCUUCUUGUGCAGUGACAAGAUGGCAGCCCUGUUCACCAAGGUGGGGAAGACGUGCCCGGUGGCUGGGGAGAUUUGCCACAAGGUACAGGUGCUACAGCAACAAGUAGAGGGCAGGAAACCCUCGGUGGGCAGCCAGGAUGCCCUGCGGAGACAGGGCUCUGCCAGCGGGAAGGCCCCAGCUCUCAGCCUGCAGGCCUUAAAGCACAUAUGGGUGCGCACGGCGCUCAUCGAGAAAGUGUUGGACAGGGUGAUGCAGUAUUUGGUAGAGAACUGCAGCAAGUACUACAAGAAGGAGGCGUUACUGUCAGAUCCUGUGUUUGGCCCCAUCUUGGCCUCUCUUCUAGUGGGACCAUGUGCCUUGGAGUACACGAAGCUCAAGACAGCUGACCACUACUGGACUGACCCCUCUGCUGAUGAGCUGGUCCAGAGGCACCGUAUCUGGGGUCCUCCUAAUCGCCAGGACUCCCCUGCAAAGCGCCCAGCCCUAGGAAUUCAGAAGCGGCAUUCAGGUGGCAGUGCGUCAGAGGACCGGCUAGCCGCCUGCGCCCGCGAGCACAUAAAGUCCCUGCACCAGAACUCAAGGACGCCUCUGCUCUAUGGCAAGAACAACGUGCUGGUGCAGCCGAAGGAGGACAUGGAGGCUGUCCCUGGCUACCUCUCCUUGCACCAGUCUGCAGAGAGCCUGACUCUGAAGUGGACCCCCAACCAGCUCAUGAAUGGGACUCUGGGAGACUCCGAGCUGGAGAAAAGCAUUUACUGGGACUAUGCCCUGGUUGUUCCCUUCAGUCAGAUCGCCUGCAUCCACUGCCACCAGCAAAAGAGCGGCGGCACGCUCGUGCUAGUGAGCCGGGAUGGCAUCCAGAGGCCACCACUGCACUUCCCACAGGGAAGACACCUGCUGUCCCUUCUGUCCUGCCUGGAGAAUGGGCUGCUGCCCCGAGGACAGCUAGAACCCCCACUCUGGACCCAGCAGGGGAAGGGGAAAGUGUUCCCCAAGCUACGGAAACGCAGCAGCAUGCGGACCACGGAUGUGGAGGAGAUGGGCCCCGGGCGGGCCACAGACUGCGUGUUCCGGAUCAUUUACCCUGGCCACAAGCAUGAGCACAUCACUAUUAACUACCACCACCUAGCGGCCAGCCGCGCGGCCUCGGUGGACGAUGAUGAGGAAGAGGAGGAUAAACUGCACGCAAUGCUCUCAAUGAUCUGCUCGCGGAACCUCACAGCUCCCAAUCCGAUGAAAGAUGCUGGUGACAUGAUCAAAAUGCAGGGCUUUGGGCCCAGCCAGGGCUCCUCCUGCCUCUCCUGCUCCACUCGCAGCUCCCCUUACGCCACCCCCAGCCACUGCAGCUGUGUCCCUGACCGGUUGCCCCUCAGGCUGCUGUGUGAGAGCAUGAAGAGGCAGAUUGUGUCCCGGGCCUUCUAUGGCUGGCUGGCCUACUGCCGCCACCUGUCCACGGUGCGGACCCAUCUGUCAGCACUGGUGCGUCACAACAUCAUCCCCCCUGCCCGGCCCCCGGGGGCCUCAGGGGGCCUCACCAAGGAUGUGUGGAGCAAGUAUCAGAAGGACGAAAAGAACUACAAGGAGCUGGAGCUGCUACGGCAAGUUUACUAUGGAGGCGUGGAGCAUGAGAUCCGUAAGGACGUCUGGCCCUUUCUGCUUGGCCACUACAAGUUUGGCAUGAGCAAGAAAGAAAUGGAGCAGGUGGACUCAGCAGUGACAGCAAGGUACAAGCAGGUGCUGGCAGAGUGGAAGGCCUGCGAGGUGGUGGUGAGGCAGCGGGAACGGGAGGCUCAGCCAGCCACACUCACCAAGUUCUCAUCGGGCAGCAGCAUUGACAGCCACGUGCAGCGCCUCAUCCACCGAGAUUCCACCAUCAGCAAUGACGUAUUUAUCUCUGUGGAUGACCUGGAGCCCCCACAGCCCCUGGGCACUGAAGAUUGCAGACCCGAGCCUGAGCAGGAGCUGGGAGCAGGGCCCCCGGGCACGGCCACGGUGGGACAGCAGCAGUCCGUGGAGUUUGACUCUCCGGACUCAGGACUGCCAUCCUCUCGCAAUUACUCCGUGGCCUCGGGCAUCCAGUUGAGCAUAGACGAGGGGCAGAGCAUGGGCUUCGAGGAGGAGGAUGGCGGUGGGGAGGAAGGCUCCGACGGGCUGGUCCCAGCAGCCGGUGCUUUCUCCGAGCCCCAGGAUCCCAGCCGGCAGAAGGCCUCGCGGGCUAGCGAGCUGGAGGCAGGGGAGGAGCUUGCGGCCGUGUGCGCUGCUGCCUACGCUAUAGAAUUACUGGAUACUAUGGCCUUAAAUCUGCAUUGCAUAGACAAGGAUGUGCCGCGCUGUGAUCGCAAUUACUGGUACUUCACGCCCCCCAACUUGGAGAGGCUCAGAGACAUCAUGUGCAGCUACGUGUGGGAGCACCUGGAUGUGGGCUAUGUGCAGGGCAUGUGCGACCUGCUGGCACCUCUCCUGGUCAUCCUCGACAACGAUCAGCUGGCCUACAGCUGUUUCAGCCACCUCAUGAAGAGGAUGAGCCAGAACUUCCCCAAUGGGGGCGCCAUGGACACCCACUUUGCCAACAUGCGCUCCCUCUUCCAGAUCCUGGACUCAGAGCUGUUUGAGCUGAUGAACCAGAAUGGAGACUAUACCCACUUUUACUUUUGUUACCGCUGGUUCUUGGUGGAUUUUAAAAGAGAGCUGCUCUAUGAGGAUGUGUUUGCUGUGUGGGAGGUGAUCUGGGCGGCCCGGCACAUCUCGUCAGAGCACUUUGUCCUGUUCAUUGCCCUGGCCCUGGUGGAGGCCUACCGUGAGAUUAUCCGGGACAACAACAUGGACUUCACCGAUAUCAUCAAGUUCUUCAAUGAACGGGCUGAGCAUCACGAUGCCCAGGAGAUCCUGCAGAUUGCCCGGGAGCUCGUCCACAAGGUGCAGAUGCUCACAGAGAACAAGUGAGGGCAGCGGCUGACAAGAGCCUGGGCUCUGGGCCCCUGGGCGGCCCAUUGUGUGCCUGCCUUAGUGACUCAGUGGUUUUGUGAGCAGAGUGUGUAUGGUUCUUUUUUGGCUCAGAAACUAUACUCUUCAGUGUUAACAGACCAAUAAACAUAGCAUUUGGCAAUG